AUGGACGAUUCGGUCUUUGACGACGUCGAGAACGACUCUGAUGGCUUCACCCCCGAGCUCAAACCAAAGCCGAAAGCGAAGCCUGCCACCAAGAAACCUGCAGUAAAGCCUGCCCCCAAGAAGAUGGUCCAGACCACCUUGAAGUCCACCAAAGCAGUGCCCAAGAAGCGCGCAAAGCCCGCUAGCGACGAUGAGGGCGACGAGCAUGCCGACAACUCAGAUUUCUCCCAGACUCCCCCGAAAAAGAAGACCAAGCCACCCGCCCCUAAGAAGGCCGCCGGCAAGCCUCUCGAAGAAAUCGAAAAUGACAGCAUGAUGCUCGAUGGUCCUUCCGACUCCAAACCCGCCAAGAAGAAGUCAGCCACAGAGACCUACCAGAAGCUGACCCAGCUCGAACAUAUCAUCAAGAGGCCUGACACAUAUAUCGGCUCGGUAGAACGGACAGAGCAGCAGAUGUGGGUCUUUGACAAGGAGCAGGACCGCAUGGUUUUCCGCAAGGUCAACUUCGUGCCCGGUCUCUACAAGAUUUUCGACGAAAUUCUCGUCAAUGCGGCCGACAACAAACAACGUGACCCCAACAUGAAGCAGAUGAAGGUCAAGGUCAAUCGCGAGGCCGGCGAGAUCACCGUCGAGAACGACGGUAAAGGAAUUCCGGUGGAGAUGCACGAGAAGGAAGGCGUCCUUAUCCCGGAACUGGUUUUCGGACAUCUGCUCGCUGGUUCUAAUUUCGAUGAUGACGAGAAGAAGACGGUGGGUGGCCGGAACGGUUACGGUGCAAAGCUUUGCAACGUCUUCAGUACCGAGUUCACACUGGAGUGUCAAGACUCCAAGAACGGCAAGAGAUACAAGCAAACAUGGCAUGACAACAUGGGCAAGAUGGAUAAAGCCAAGGUCACUUCCAACAAGUCCGCCGAUUUUGUCCGCGUCACCUUCAAGCCCGAUUUCGACCGCUUCGGCAUGCCAGAUGGCAUUGACGACGAUCUUGAGGCUCUCAUCAAUCGUCGAGUUUACGAUAUGGCCGGUACAGUCCGUGGCGUCAAGGUCUUCCUGAACGACACUCACCUGAAGUUGGACUUCAAGAAGUACUGCGAGAUGUACGCCAAGUCCAUUGCAGAAGAGCGCGGUUCGGAAGAGGGCGUGGAGCCAAAGGCCAGCGUCAUCCUCGAGGACUCAAAGGGUCAUCCCAGAUGGGAAAUCGCAUUCUCCGUCUCAAACGGCUCCUUUCAGCAAGUAUCAUUUGUUAAUUCAAUCGCAACGACGCAGGGCGGCACUCAUGUCAACUACAUUGCCGACAUGAUCUGCAACUCUCUUCUCGCCCACUUGAACAAGAAGAAGAAGGGCCAUGCCCUGAAGGCCAACCAUGUCAAGAAUCACAUCUUCAUCUUCGUCAACUGCCUGGUCACCAAUCCAGCUUUCACAUCCCAGACCAAGGAACAAUUGACCACCAAAUCUAGUCAAUUCGGUAGCAAAUGUCUGUUGACGGAGAAAUUCAUGAAAGACAUUGCCAAGACGGACGCAAUCACAAACAUCAUCGACUUCGCUGAGAGAAAAGCAGACAAGAUGAUGGCAAAGAGUGAUGGAAACAAGCGUUCAAGAAUCAAUAACGCAAAGCUUGUUGACGCCAACUUGGCGGGAACCAAGUAUGGCCACGAGUGUACUUUGAUCUUGACAGAAGGUGACUCUGCCAAGAGUUUGGCUGUCGCCGGCCGUGCCAUCCUUGAUCCGGAUCGUAUUGGUGUCUUUCCUCUCAGGGGUAAGAUGCUGAACGUUCGUGAUGCUUCAAUCGAUCAGAUCACGAAGAACCAAGAGAUUCAGAACAUCAAGCAAUUCCUGGGCUUGAAGCACAAGACGCACUACACAGACACCAAGAGUCUUCGAUAUGGUCAUCUAAUGAUCAUGGCUGAUCAGGACCACGAUGGUAGUCAUAUUAAGGGCCUCUUGAUAAACUUCUUACAAGUGCAAUUCCCUUCCCUGCUUCAGAUUCCUGAUUUUUUCAGGGAGUUUAUCACCCCUAUCGUAAAGAUUUGGCAAGGCCCCAACCCUAAGAAACCCCAGAAACUGAUUUCUUUCUUUACACAACCUCAGUACGAGAACUGGAAGGGGCAGCAUCAAGCUGAACUCAAGAAAUGGCAGUACAAAUACUACAAGGGUUUGGGUACAAGUUCCAACGAAGAUGCCCAGGUUUACUUCACAAAUCUUGACGAUCACCUGAAGGAGUUUGAUGUCAUGAAAGCCGAAGAAGCAGAGUUGUUCGAACUGGCUUUCUCGAAGAAGAAGGCCGACGCUCGAAAAGAGUGGCUGGGCAACUUUGUACCAGGCACUUUCCUCGACCACUCGUCCAAGGCCAUCACAUACGACGAUUUUGUCAACCGAGAGCUGAUUCUGUUCAGUAUGGCAGAUAACAUGAGAUCUAUCCCUUCAAUGAUUGACGGCCUCAAGCCCGGCCAGCGCAAGGUUCUCUUUGCUUGUUUGAAGCGAAACCUGAUCAAGGACAAGAAGGUUGUUGAAUUAGCUGGUUACGUCUCCGAGCAAACUGCUUAUCACCACGGCGAAGUCUCUUUACAACAGACAAUCGUUGCUUUGGCUCAAAACUUUGUUGGAUCCAACAAUGUCAAUAUUCUUGAGCCUAGUGGCAAUUUCGGUUCUCGGCUUGCAGGUGGAUCUGAUGCCGCCAGCGCACGUUACAUCCACACGAGACUAUCUCCCUUUGCUCGAAAGAUCUUUUCCCCCCUCGACGAGCCUAAUCUAGAGAACAACGUCGAAGACGGCAAGAGGAUCGAGCCGAAAGUUUAUGCACCUGUCAUCCCCAUGUUACUUGUCAAUGGUGGUGAGGGUAUUGGUACUGGUUGGAGCACCAGCAUCCCCAAUCACCACCCAAUGGACAUCGUCAAGAAUCUCAGACGCCGCAUGGGUCGGCUAGAUGACAAUGAUGAGCAGCCGUUCGAGCCCAUGACGCCCUGGUUCCGAGGCUGGAAGGGGACACCAUCAGCAGCAGGCCCAUACCGCUAUCAGUUUGACGGCAUCGCCUCUGUAGACGAGAAGAAGAAGAACGAAGUUCUAGUCACUGAGCUGCCGAUCCGAAUGUGGACUGAUGACUUCAAGGCCAAACUUGAAGACGUACUCAAGGCCGAAAAAACCCCAUCAUGGAUCAAGGAUUACAAGGAGUUCAACGAUCACAAAAAUGUACACUUCGAGAUCCAGGUCGACGACAAAACAGCUGCAGCCUUGCAGGGUCCAAACGCGCAAGAACUGUUGCUCGAAAAGUUUAAGCUGCAAAAGCAGGUACCGACAUCGAACCUGGUCGCCUUUGACACUCGUGGCAUGAUUCGGAAGUACGAAACGAUCGACGAGAUCAUGGAAGAGUACUACGUCUUCCGUCUUAAGUUGUACAAGGAACGCAAGGCUCAUUGGCUCGGUGUCUUGAACGGCGACUUGAAGAAGCUGUCGAAUCAGGCUCGUUUCAUCAAGGAGAUUAUGGACAACAAGCUUGUAGUCAAUCGCAAAAAGAAGCAAGUUGUCGUUGACGAGUUGCGUGCUUGCAAAUAUGACGCUUUCCCGAAGAAUUCCGAUACAAAGAAGACCAAGGCGGACGAGGAUGAAGUAGAUGCUGAAGGCGAAGAGGAGAUUGAGACUGAAAGCGAUGCAGGCGCACGUGAUUAUGACUACCUUCUCUCGAUGCCGAUUUGGUCGUUCACCCAAGAACGCCUGGAUAGACUAAUGGAUCAAAUGAACAAGAAGAAGUUUGAACACGACGAGCUUGAAGCCAAGAGCGAAAAGGAUCUCUGGUGUGCUGACCUCGAUGAGUUUGAGCUUGAGUGGGAGAGCCAGUUGCGUCUUGAUGCCGAGAUCACGACUUCCAUCCGUCGCAUGGGUCGCCGCGUAUCCAAAAAGAUUGGCGCCGGUCGAGGCCGUAAGCCAAAGGGUGACGAUGACUAUGCCCCUGCUGCCAAGUCACGGCCGGCGGCAAAGCCUGCUGCUAAAGCUGCCACCAAACCUACGGUAACUAAGGCGACGGUUGUACCGCAGAAAACCCACCAAGCUUUCACGGAGAAAUUCUCAAGACGAAAGAGUUUGGACGGUACUGAGGAAGAUUCGGAUGCUUUCUCGGAUGAUGACUUUGCCGCACUGAAGAGCAAACCAUCAAAGAAGGCUGCCAGUGCUGCCCUGGAGCCCGCAGUGGCUGCUGAGGAGUCUGACGAUGAGGUCGUUGUGCCCGCUGCUGCCCGAGGGAAGCGUGCUGCAGCGGCCAAGCCCAAAGCUUGGAUUAUUGAUGACGACGACUUCCAGAGCUCCGACGACGACGACAAGAUGCUCGGCGACGUAGGGGCUCUCGUCAAAGGGAUUCCUGGUGCAUCUGGUGACUCGGGUGAGAACAAGACAGGCCGAGUUAGUCUGUUUGCCAUGUCGCGGCCUGACAGCAGCCAGGGUAACUCGACAGCACUGAAGGUCAAAUCAAAGCCUAACAAGACAUUUGACAUGGAUUCUCAUGACGACACCAACUACGAGAUGCUCGCCAAGCCGAGCCCACACAAGUCGCCGUUCACCCGCAAUGAGAUUGACUCCUUCCUCAGCGAUGAUGACUUGCCAGUAUCCAAGCCUGCUGUCAAGACUACGGCGACAAAGGCGAAGUCAUCUGCCUCUCCCUCGGAAGAGCCCAAACCUGCCGUGAAAAAGGCUCGCGGUCGUGCUGCUGGUACCAAGAACAGCAAGCCCAAGGAGGACGUGCCAGUUGUCAAAAAGAAGGCAGCCGCCGUCGCAAAGCCUGCUGUUCAACUCUCUCCUGCUGCGAAGCUAUACAAGAAGAAAACCGCAGAGAAGGCUAAGCCCAAGAAGGACGUAUUCGAUCUGGAUGACGACGAAGAUGAGAUGAUGGCUGAGCCCGACUCCCCAGAACCUCGACCUGCUGCUCGUAGCACCAGACCGGGACGUGCUGCUGCCGCCAAGAAGAAGCCUGUAUACAUCAUCGACGAUGAUGAGGACGAGGAUGAGGACGACAUGAUACAACUUGACGGCGAGUCCGAGGGUGGGCAAGACGAGAGUGAUGACUUUGCCAUGGACGACUCUGAGUAG